AUGGAGUGGUAUAUCCCAAACUGUGUACACUUUAACUGGCUUGUACUUCAGGUCUCAGUCAUUAGGGAGAAGCUAGCUGAGCUAUAUGAGUCUGAGCAGCAGUGGUCAAAAGAAGCGCAGAUGCUAAGUGGGAUUGAUUUAGAAUCUGGAAUCAGGAUGCUUGAUGACGCAUACAAGCUAUCCAAGUGUGUCCAGAUUGCUCUUCUCUAUCUUGAGGAUGAUGAUGCAGUGAAUGCUGAGGUUUUCAUCAAUAAGGCAUCUUUCUUGGUUAGCAACAGUCAGCACGAGGUUCUAAAUCUACAAUAUAAGGUUUGCUAUGCAAGGAUAUUAGAUUUAAAGCGAAAAUUUCUGGAAGCUGCACUUCGUUAUUAUGACAUUUCUCAUAUUGAGAAACGCCAAAUUGGAGAUGAGGAGAUUGAUGAGGAUGCACUGGAGCAAGCUCUCAGUUCUGCUGUGACUUGCACAAUAUUGGCUGCUGCUGGUCCCCAACGUUCUCGUGUACUUGCUACCUUGUACAAGGAUGAAAGAUGCUCAAAAAUUGAGAUAUAUCCCAUAUUGCAAAAGGUUUUGACCGAAUUGGGAACCAUUUACUGA